AUGGACCACGCUGACGAGCCCCUCGUGGAUGAAAUUCUGUCAGUCCUCAAGGAUCGAGACAUCCUAGAGAAACGCGAUUUUAUCGCUUCGGCUCUGGGAGAUCCAGCGACUGGCCCCCAGAGUGUGGAAUGGGUUUCGAAGCACCUGCGCCCAGACUACCUGCUCUCGCGAGAAGAGUUGACACUGUACAACAAACUCGAGAGCACUGGUUCUCUUUCACCGAUUUUGCGAGACCCUGACUUUAAUGCGACGCGACCCUUCUUGGAAGACGACAUCCGUACGGCAAUCCAAACCCUCGAAGCAUCGACCGUCGCGAUACAAAAACAAUCCGAUACCUUGUCACAACAGUGUGAGACCCUGAAGAAGCAGUUCCGCCGGCAAGAGAGUGUAGAUCAAGAUCGAGCCCGGGACAUCGCGCGACUGCGGAAGAAACACGAAGCAGGGAGACAAAACACGGCAAUUGCGGCCAAUGAACUAUCCGACGAGCUGGAAGCGAGCUUUAGAGGCGCAACAGAGAAAGCGGGGGCGGAGAAUAAGAGGAUCCUGUCUGCCCUGUCUGUCCAGCUGAGGCAAGACGAUAAAGCCUUGGGUCACAUGGAAAGCCUCAUGUCGGGCAUUAAAUCCAGUAACAACAAUGCGUCCACAGUGAAGCGAACUGCCGAUCUCAGCUCCGUGCUUGCAGACUAUGUGGCCGAGGAGAUCCACUACCGCCUCGAUCGAUUAUAUCUCGAGGCGAUUGAAGCGGGGAAGUCGAGCAGUUAUCAGGCUGCCGUCGAAUCUGAGACGAUUGCAGCCUUGGAAGAAGAACUAGGAUCUUUGUUCCCCGAGAUUGAGGUCUUGGCGGAGAUGUCGACGCGGCAAGAGUAUCAGGAGCCCAUUCUCCGCGAGAUCCAGAAUGAACACGGCCAGCUUCGUGUGACUUCUCAUCAAAACAUGGAAAAGGUCCUCGAUACCAUGGUUGACAUGACUUUGUCCAAGCAAGAAUUGACCAAACAGCUCGUAGAGUGGGGAUCAACAAGUGAACUUCUUGAGCAACUCGCCUCCCUCUACCAAGCCGAAACAGCCACACCGCUUGUACCCCAGCCUUCGGCCCGACGGGAGUCAUUGAGGCGACGCUCGUUGCAGCCGGGAAUGGUUCUUUCGGCUGCGCGUAACUCAGCCUCGAUGCCCGACCAGCCUGCCCUAGAGAAUCUCCUACGGCGUAUCGGGGUAUCAUCUGAAUCCGUGCUUCGUCCCUGGCAGGAAGGUGGCGGUGCCCAAGGGCUUCACGAAAAAAGGAUACAGAUGGCUGAGACGCUACGAGAUCUGGGAGCCGCAGUGGACUCGCCUCUAGUCGGUCAAUUGGCCGUCUCUGACCAUGCGGCUCAACUGCUGGAAUCAUCGCUGCACGCCAAUUCUAGCUUUGAGACGUCGCUGCCAGACCCAGGGCAACGGAAAGCAUUGUCAGACUUGGAAGGCGAGCUCGCCUCACUUCAGAAGGGAGUGCAGGGGAUAAAUCUGGAGGUUCUGCACCAACGGGACCGAUGCCAGGCCCGACUCUUAGAACGCUGGGGGCGGAAUCGUGCAUGA